UUUUGUACCCUUUUUCUCCUAUUGUUUGAGACGAGGAACAGGCCUCACCAAAGGUCGGAGAUUUCCCCUCGCACGCUAAAUCCCUACUCUUGUGGACUAGAUCCAAGCCCCCAGCUCAGCCGCAAGCCGCAAAACAGUCCGGCAAGAAAAAAAGUGGAAAUUUCAACCGAGUUGCGCUCCAUCGCAAGGCUAGAACGCAAAGACUAAUUCUGGCCAGGACGCUUCAACUCUCAGGAAUAUUUAAUUCCCAUCCUCCCCCAGAGCGGGCACCCGUAUAUAACCUGACCCAAGACUAACACCCGACCUCACAUCAACCCACCACCGCAAUGGAUCUGAACUACGAUUCCACCCACCUGGCCGGCCGAACCAUCCUAAUCACGGGCGGCGCAUCCGGCUUUGGCGCCGCCUUUUCCACGCGGUGGGCCACCGCCGGCGCGCAGAUCAUCAUCGGCGACAUCAACCCAGCCGGCGCAGAAGUGGUCGCGCGAAUGCGCACGGAAACCGGCAACGAUGACAUCCAUUUCAUCCAGCUAGACGUCACAUCGUGGACGUCGCAAGUAUCGUUCUUCCGGGAGGCCGUCCAACUGAGUAACCAUGGCGGCAUCGACGCCGUCGUCGCCAACGCGGGCGUCAGCGACGGCGCGGAGGCCCACGCCUUCGAAAACCCCAAACCAGACUACCUGGAUGGACCCAUCCCGUCCCCUCCCAGCCUCCGAACCGUGGAAAUCAACCUCAUUGGCGUCAUGUACACCGUCCACCUCGCGCUGUCGCUCCUGCCAAAGAACCCGGACUCGAAGCCCUGCGAGGAGGCCACCAACGAGCUGUCCUCUCCCCGCGAUCGCCACAUUCUUCUCCUCGGCUCCGUCUCCAGCUUACAUCCCCUCCCCACCCAGUCGCCAUAUUCCACCACCAAACACGCCAUCCUCGGCCUCUUCCGCUGCCUCCGCGUCAGCGCCCCCGUCACUGCCGGCGUGCGCGUGAACAUCGUCUGCCCGUAUUACACCGACACGGGGGUGAUGUCCGCCGCCGCGAAGGUGAUCCUGGCUGGCGUCCCGAUCGGCAGGCCCGAGGACGUCGUCGAGGCGGCAACGUAUCUCGUUGCCAACAAGAAAUGCAUCGGGCGGUCGCUGGUCACAGGCCCGAAGCUGAAGCUGGAUAUCCCUGAUAAUGUGUACAUGCGUGGAGAUGAUGCCCUAGAGAAGGUCAAGUAUGUGGUGGAGAAGGCGGACGUCGAACGUCCCAUCUGGGAGGUCAGGCUGCAUGAUGUUGACACGGCGGAUGUGUUUACCAAAAGGAUGAUUCGCAUUGUGGCUGCGGUGACGGCGCUGAGGGGCUGGGUGGGUUGGGCGCAGGGGAUGGCGGGCGCUGUAAAGCUUUGGUGGUGGGGGAAACGAUAGGGUGCUUUUUGUUUGAUUAGAUGGGUAUAUAGACCGGUUGUAUAUUUUGAUUGUUGGGGGUUAGUGGAUAUAAACUAACAGAUGAAUAUUGUCGAUGGCUGGGUUCGGGGGCUCUGGUCUAUAGGAUGGACUUAUGGAUAAGAUGGGAUCCUAUCUUGGGGCUUGGAGGUUCUGAAUAGGUACCUGAUCGAACCUCAUAAUCUGGCACAUAAUCAACAAGAAAUUCUAAGAGC